AUGACUGAAUUUUCAGAUAUCUGUGAAUACCUUGCCAGGAACCCAAUGGCAAAUAAUCUCAUUGCGUUUCUAGAUUUAUACGAGCUAAUGGGUUCUAAAUUUGCUUAUAAUGUAUUAUUUUCUUCUUUAACAUCUUACACACUCGCCGUCAAAGACAAUGAUACCUCGAACCAACUGCUUAUACAAUUGAGUUCCAUUGCCGUCAAUAUCGGCAGGGAUAAGAUCGACCUCGUCAGACUCCAACCUCUCUACAAUGCUAUCUCAGGAAAGAAAAAUGAGGUAGACAUACUCCAAAUUGCACUAGUCUUCGCUCAAAACCCACCACAACGGAUCGAUGUCAAACAAAAAAGUAGAUGA